GUUGUUAUUUUGCAGGUUUAGUUUCCAUCUCAACUUCUCUCUUUAUUAGCGUAAAUAGAUGGCACAGGUAUCUAGUUUCGAUGAGUAUUUGUUUUGCCCACUUCUAUCAUGUUUGUUUUUGGAGAUGUUGAUGUCUUUUUGGAGCCUCAUCGAUGGUGGGAUGCACAUGCAGAAGGUGGUAUUGAAGAUUAUGACCAUGAAUGAUGAGAAGACCAAGCAGAAAGCCAUAGAGGCUGUUGCUGACAUUUUUGGAGUUGAUUCAAUAGAAGCAGACACAAGAGAGCAGAAGCUGACAGUGAUUGGAGAGAUGGACACUUUUGCAGUUGCCAAGAAACUCACCAAGAAAUUAGGCAAAGUUGACAUCCUCACCGUUGGCCCAGCAAAGGAAGAGAAGAAGGAUGGCAAGCUUAAGAAAGAGGACAAGAAAUAAGACACCCUACUACCACAUACUUAUUCAUUUUCCUUUUUUUUUUUUGGUAAUAAUAGUUGGUUUGAAGUUUAUGUGUAUAACAAUUUUGUUUUAUACUCAGUUUGUUGUAUAUAAGCAUAUCAUGAUUUGAAAAAUGAAGGGGGUUUUUCAAA